AUGGGCAGUCCCUUGGACGACGCCGUUUUGAUUGAGGAAGGUAAGGAAUCCGGCGACUCCACCGUCGUGACGGUGAACUGCCCCGACAAGGCCGGACUAGGUUGUGAUCUCUGUGGUAUCAUACUUGAAUUCGGACUCUUCAUUACCCGUGGAGAUUUCUCCACCGACGGAAAAUGGUGUUACAUCGUGUUGUGGGUUGUUCCACGUCCGAGCUCAUUUAGAGUUGAUUGGGAGAGCUUGAAAAACCGGCUUCUGUCUACUUGUCCACAUUUUCUUCCAUUUUACUUUGACCAGCAGACCAAUGGUUCUUCAGCACCUCCUCUGUACAUGUUAAAGGUUUUUUGCCUGGACAGGAAAGGAUUAUUGCAUGAUGUCACUAAAGUCCUCUGUGGUCUUGAGCUAACAAUUCAAAGAGUAAAAGUGAUGACAACUCCGGAUGGCAAAGUCUUGGACCUCUUUUUCAUUACAGAUGGCAUGGACCUAUUACACACGGAAAAGAGACGAGAUGAAACAUGCAAACACCUUAGUGUUGAUCUAGGAAAGUAUUGUAUAAGCUGUGAACUUCUGUUGGCUGGGCCUGAAUACGAUAGUCAGCAGGGGUUCUCUUCUCUUUCGCAAGCAGUUUAUGAAGAAUUAUUCAGUUGUGAACCCUCCAACAAGGAAGCUUGCUCAAAGGCCAUCGGCCUGGAUAUGACACAAGUUAAGAAGGCUACUAUUACAGUGGAUAAUUUUAUGAGCCCUGCUCAUACCUUGCUCCAAAUACAAUGCACUGAUCAGAAGGGCCUCAUCUAUGAUAUUUUAAGGACCACAAAGGACUUCAAUAUUCAGAUUGCUUAUGGAAGAAUCACUCCAAGUGUCAGAGGGUACCGGACCAUUGACCUAUUUAUCCAGAAAACAGAUGGGAAAAAGAUUAUAGAUCAUGACAAUCAGGUUGCUUUGUGUUCUCGUUUGAAGGAGGAGAUGCUUCACCCAUUGCGAGUUGCCAUUGCAAACCGUGGCCCUGAUACAGAACUCUUGGUUGCUAAUCCUGUUGAGUUGUCUGGAAAGGGGAGGCCCCGUGUUUUCUAUGAUGUAACUUUUGCUCUAAAGAUGCUUGGGAUAUGUGUCUUUUCGGCUGAAAUUGGAAGACUCUCAACAUCAGAUCGCGAGUGGGAAGUGUACAGAUUCCUUUUGGAUGAAACCCGAGAAUUUCCAUUAGCCAGCUUUCGAGCUAGAAGAGAGAUUGUGGAUAGAGUUAGAAGAGCACUUAUGGGCUGGUGA